AUGCCAGAUGAAUUCAAGAAACUCAAGAUGAAAAAAGGUGAAUGCAAAGCUCUCUUUGCACGAGGCAUCAUGGCUCUGACAUGGCAAGAUAAAAAGCAAGUAACUAUGCUCUCUACCUUGCACAAUGCAGCUAAUGUGACCGAUUCAGGAAAGAAGGGUCGCCAGAACGGCUUGCCAGUUUUGAAACCGCAAGUUGUACUUGAUUACAACCGAGGCAUGGGAGGAGUUGAUCACAAGGACCAACCACUCGCUUCCUUUCCCAUCAUGAGAAGAUAUGCGAAAGGCUACAAGAAAAUCUUCUUUUACAUUAUGGACAUCACUGUUUAUAACAGCUAUGCUCUAUUUGUCAAAGCAACUGGCAAGCGGCUCCACUACACUGAUUGGAAGGUCAAUCUCGCUGAGGCCAUUUUCGAAGAGACCACUCUGCCCCUCUACCAUGAUCGAAGAAACCCGCCUGUAGCGGCCUCACCAAUGCGCCUACAAGCCGCCGAAUGGGCUCAUUUUCCUCGCCACAUCCUGCCAAACAAAGUCAAGCAAAAUCCAUCAAGACUUUGCUUAGUUUGUAAGGCACACGGCAAAAAGUCCGAGAGCCGAUGGGAGUGUGAAAAAUGUGAAGUUGCUCUUCACAUGCCCGUGUGCUUUAAACUUUUUCACAGACGAAAGUCAUACUGAAGCACCUGAUGCAGUCAAGCAUUGUUAAGCAAAUAAAACAAAGUUUGCUAUUCUA